GGUGGAAUAAUGGUUGGAUUUCUUACUUUCAUACUUGAGGUUAUGGGUUCGAAUCUUUACGUAAACAAUUUUUUUUCUUUUUUUUUACUAUAUGAGAAAGACGUGGAUAUAAUGUUAUUGGAUGAGGGAGGGUGACACGUGGCACAUAUACGUUCUUAGGAACGCCUUUUAAUAUAUUAGUAUAGAUUUCGCAUGAAUUGAUAAUUUUGCUUUGUUUCUACUAUUAAUUCUUCAUGGUUAUGUUAAAUACGUAGAUGGCUUCAUCUAGUAAUAAAGAAGGGACGAAAGAGGUAUUUAAGUGGACUGAUGAGGACACUAUCAUCCUAUGUGAAGUAUGCCUUCAAUUCAUUAAAGACAAUGGUCGAUCACAAUGUUUCAAGUGGAAGGAAAUCCAAAUAGACGUGGAAAAAAAAAUUGGCCGUCCAUUUAGUAACUUGAGUAGUUGCAAGCAUAAAUAUGAUGCAAUGAGAAGAGAUUGGCGUAAUUGGACUAAAUUAAAAUCUUCGGAAACUGGUCUCGGGUGGGAUCCAAAUUCUGGAAAAAUUGAUGCAUCAGAUGAGUGGUGGCAAAGAAAAAUGAAGGAAAAUCCAGAUAUCAAAAAGUUUCGACACAGGGGUGUCAACUCAACUCUUGAAACUAAUUGGGAUAAAUUAUUUGGAGACUCGUAUGCAACUGGUGAAAAUGUUUAUGUACCUUCAAUGGACCACAUUGAAGACCUUACAGUAGGGAAUGAAAAUACUGAGGAAGAGUUUGUAGAAAAUCGUAGAGUUGAUGAUUUUACAACUGAAUUAUUAGAUGAAGGGAACUUUUUUCGAAAUUUUGUGGAACAAGCAAGAAAUGGUGCCACCUCAGGUAAUCGAGGAGGUGGUUCACAAGUAGUUAGUGAAGGUGCAGAUAAUAAUGACAUGCAUUCUUCUAAGAAGCAACCUAUGAGAAAGCAGAAUAGUGUACCAUUGAAGCGUGCAAGAAGGCAGUCUCUGGAUCUGCGAUGUUGGCUAAGGAAAUAA